AUGGUUGUUAAACGUGGACCUAUACUUGCUAACAAGGAAGACGCUAAUUUUAAUGAAGCUUUGAAGCUAUAUGAAGGCAAGCAAUAUAAAAAAGCGUUGAAGCUCGUAGAACAAACGUUGAAGAAAAACUCGAAUCAUGCGGAGUCGUUAGGUUUGAAAGGAUGUAUUUAUCACUUCAAUGGUAACAAGACGGAGGCAGAAUCGUAUAUUUUGAAGGCUGUUAACAAGGAACCGGAGAACUAUCUUGUUGAUCAUCUUGCAGGUAUUUACUACAGGGCAGUUGAUAAGCAUAAGGAAGCCGCAAAGUGGUUCAAAGCAGCCAUUGAUAACGGUUCGCCAAACAAACAGAUAUUGAGAGAUUUAUCGGUGAUGCAGGUGCAGAUCAGGGACUUUAAGAACUUGAAGGAAUCGAGACAAGCGUAUUUGGAAAACCAACCGGGAUAUAGGGCCAAUUGGACAGGGGUAGCAGUUGCUCUCCACUUGAACAAAAACUACACCGGUGCGGUAUCUACAUUAUCUAAGAUCGAGGGCAUCAUCAAGGAACACUUGCAGGAAUCAGACAUGUACGAACACUCGGAAUGUGUGUUGUACAAGAACUCGAUCAUUAGCGAAUCGGGCCACUUUGACAAGGCAUUGGAAGCAUUGGAUAAAGAUGAAAGUGAAAUCAAGGAUAAACUCUCUUUUAUGGAAUAUCGUGCAAAGUACUUAGUUCUCUUGGGCAGAAAGAAAGAAGCUUCGCUCAUAUAUCGUCAAUUAUUGCAACGCAACCCCGACAACGUUGAAUACUACACCUUAUUAGAAACUGCCUUAGAAACAAGUAAUCAAUCGCCAGAUAUUAGAUUGAAGUUAUACGAAAAGCUUUCCAAAUUUUAUCCGCGUUCGGAUCCACCUAAAUUCCUCCCAUUAACGUUUUUGCCUGCCUCGCAUCCUAGCUUUGUAGUAAAAGCAAAGGAAUACGUAUUGACUCAGUUGAAAAGAGGUGUUCCAGCUACUUUCGUUAAUGUUAAGCCCUUGUACAAGAACAAAGAAAAAUUAGCCGUGAUUCAAGAAUUUGUUCUCGAUUUUUUCCAAAAUGAGGCACCUAAAUUGAUUCCAACUGUCACAGUUUGGACCAUGUACUUUUUAGCACAGCAUUAUUUGUAUUUAAAUGAUUUAACAGAAGCUGAAAAGUACAUUGACCAAGCUUUAGUUCAUUCUCCAACAUUAGUGGAAUUAUACAUUAUUAAGGGACGUGUAUUAAAGCACUUAGGAAGGUAUGAAGAGGCUAGUGACGUAAUGGAGGAAGGACGUAAGUUGGAUUUGCAAGAUCGUUUUAUCAACUCAAAAGCCACCAAGUAUUUAUUAAGAGCAAAUAAGGUUGAUGAAGCUAUUAGCUGUAUCUCAUUAUUCACCAAGCUUGAUGAAGAUGCUGUUAAUGGUUGCAAGGACUUACAUCUAAUGCAAGUGAACUGGGUUUUAACUGAAAGUGCAGAAGCUUAUUCUCGAUUAUAUCAUCAAUACGAAGCGCAAUUAGCCAAACUCGACAAAUCAAAUCCUGACGAAGAAACGUUAGCUGCUGAAUCAGAACUUAUUGAAAAGAUUGAAUUAUAUAAAGGCUUAGCUUUAAAGAGAUUCCAUGCCGUAAUCAAGAUUUUUAAGAUCUUUUACGAAGAUCAAUUUGACUUCCAUUCAUACUGCUUAAGACGUGGUACUCCUAGAGAUUAUAUUGAAACAUUAAAAUGGGAGGAUAGCAUUCAUUCUACUCCAAUAUAUUCUAGAGUUCUCAAAGGUUUGUCACAGAUUUACUUCGAAUUGUACAAACAACAACAAGACCAAAAGCUUCAAAACGGUCAAGAUGAUAAUGAGGAUAUUAAACUUAAAAAGAAUAACAAGAAGCAAAAGAAAGCUAAGGCUCAGAAUAUGAAGAAAAAGGAAGGCCUCGUUUCAAGGGUUGAAUCUGAAAAAAAUGAUAAAGAUCCUUUAGGAGCUCAAUU